CUUUUCUCUCCUUGUAUAUAUAAAAUGGAUUUUGCACCGUUCCCAUGGCUUCAAAUUGUGAUACCAUGAAAAAUAAAUUGUUAGGUUGGAAUUGCCUAAUAACUUGUGCAAUUCUGCUUUCCGCUGCUUUGUUUAUAAGAAGCACCUUCAUCAUCACUGAAUGUAAAGAGAAAGUAAUAGGAUGGGAAAUGGUUGAAGCCUUCAGAAUGAGGAAACCUAGAUCGAUGUGUGAGGAUGAGUGCAGGCCUGAAGGAAGUGAGACAUUACCCAGAGGUAUUGUGGCUAAGACCUCUGAUUUAGAGAUGCAUCCGCUCUGGGGUCCCCUCAAUACAAGGAAAUCAAAAUCACCAAUGAGCUUACUAGCUAUGGCAGUCGGAAUUAAGCAGAAAAAGAAUGUAAAUGAAAUUGUAAACAAGUUUCCUCAUACUGAUUUUGUCAUUAUGCUUUUUCACUAUGAUGGCCUCCUCGAUGAAUGGAAUGAUCUUGAAUGGAGUAGCACUGCUAUUCACAUUUCUGCUAUUAAUCAAACUAAAUGGUGGUUUGCUAAGAGGUUCUUACACCCAGAUAUUGUUGCAGAGUAUUCUUACAUAUUCCUCUGGGAUGAAGAUCUUGGAGUUGAAAAUUUCAAUGCUGGACGAUAUGUAUCAAUAAUAAAAGAAGAAGGUCUUCAGAUAUCACAACCAGCAAUCGAUGCAGAUACUUCAGAAAUUCACCACAAACUUACAGCACGAGAAGAGGGAUCAAGAGUGCACAGGAGGACAAUAAACAUAAAGGGUCCUGGAAGGAGGUGCUACGGAGACAGUACUGAACCUCCAUGCACUGGGUGGGUGGAAAUGAUGGCUCCUGUUUUUUCAAGAGCAUCGUGGCGCUGUGCCUGGUACAUAAUUCAGAAUGACUUCGUUCAUGCAUGGGGGGUGGACUUUCAGCUUGGAUAUUGUGCGCAGGGGAACCGAUCCACUAAUGUUGGGGUUGUUGACUCAGAAUAUUUGGUUCACUAUGGUCUUCCAACACUAGGUGGUGCAGAAAAUGAGAAGAGUAGUUUAGAACAAGGAACAAAUCCUAAACAGGAAAGCUCACCAAACAAAAUGGGACUGCCAGAGUCUCAUCCAUCUGAUGCAAGAAAUGCUGUGCGGAAACAAUCUCUUGCAGAAUUGGAAAGAUUCAAGAAUAGAUGGAAAAAAGCUGCCAGAGAAGACCAAUGUUGGGUUGAUCCCUUUCAGCGGCCUGUGAAACAAAAAAAGUGACUGAAGGGGCUGCAUCUUCAAACUUAAAACUGAUACACACAAG